AUGGCUCUCCCAGCCCGAUGCGGGCAGCGCAUGGUCUCCUCCUUGCUUCGACAGCGAUGUCUUGCGUCUGAAAUCUACCUGCCAUCUCUCCGCGCAUUUUCCACCGCCCAUACCCUUCCUGCUUCAAAGAAGUCUCUAUAUUCCCGGCCGUCUCCGCUGCAACAAUCACAACAGCUGCCGCCAUGGCGAGGUUCCAAACGGCCGUUUUCGAGCUCUUUGGAAAAGUUGGCGGCGGUCACGGGCCAGGAAGCACCCAGCGCAAAGGCUUAUAUGGCUAGCGGAGCCAUUCGAGGUGCCGGCCAGCUGGUUGAUGUGAAAAAAGUCCUGGUGAUUGGGAGUGGUGGGUUGAGUAUUGGACAGGCGGGCGAAUUUGAUUAUUCUGGUUCUCAAGCACUCAAGGCCCUCAAGGAAGCCGGUGUAAAAUCCGUACUGAUUAAUCCCAACAUUGCCACCAUUCAAACGGACCACAAACUCGCCGAUGAGGUCUACUAUCUCCCCGUUACACCAGAAUACGUUACCCAUGUGAUUGAAAGAGAGCGUCCAGAUGGAAUAUUUUUGACUUUCGGAGGUCAGACGGCUCUUAACUUGGGCGUCCAGAUGAACCGCAUGGGAAUCUUUGAUCGGUAUGGAGUCAAAGUCCUUGGAACUAGUAUCCGGACCCUGGAAGUUAGCGAGGACCGUGAUCUUUUCUCUAAGGCAUUGAACGAAAUUAACAUCCCAAUUGCGGAAUCUGUUGCUGUCAACAGCGUUGACGAGGCAUUGGAAGCUGCUGAGAAGAUCGGCUAUCCCAUUAUCGUUCGAUCAGCGUAUGCGCUUGGUGGACUUGGGUCUGGUUUUGCGAAUAAUGCCGAGGAACUUAAGAACCUGUCAUCCCGCUCGUUGACUCUGGCACCCCAGAUUCUAGUUGAAAAAUCCCUCAAGGGCUGGAAGGAGGUCGAGUACGAGGUGGUGCGUGAUGCGGCUAACAAUUGCAUUACGGUUUGUAAUAUGGAGAAUUUCGACCCCCUGGGAAUCCAUACUGGAGACAGUAUCGUGGUUGCGCCCAGCCAAACGCUUUCUGAUGAAGAGUACCACAUGCUCCGGACAGCUGCCAUUAAGAUUGUUCGUCACCUGGGAGUUGUUGGAGAGUGCAAUGUCCAGUACGCCCUUCAGCCUGAUGGACUUGACUACAGAGUCAUUGAAGUCAACGCCCGUCUAUCCCGAUCCUCAGCGCUUGCCUCUAAAGCCACUGGAUACCCUCUCGCCUAUACAGCGGCCAAAAUUGGGCUUGGCCAUACACUACCUGAGCUUCCCAAUGCUGUGACGAAGACUACCACCGCCAAUUUCGAACCUAGUUUGGACUACAUCGUAACCAAGAUUCCAAGAUGGGAUCUGAGCAAAUUCCAACAUGUGAAGCGCGACAUUGGUAGCUCCAUGAAGUCUGUCGGUGAAGUCAUGGCAAUUGGUCGUACUUUCGAGGAAUCCUUCCAAAAGGCAAUCCGCCAGGUUGAUCCCAAAUACGUCGGCUUCCAGGGCGACAAAUUCGAAAACCUCGAUGAUGUCCUCAAAAGCCCUACCGAUCGCCGAUGGCUUGCAGUCGGACAGGCCAUGCUUCACGAGAAUUAUUCCGUUGACAAAGUGAACGAACUGACCAAGAUUGACAAGUGGUUCUUGUACAAGCUCCAAAAUAUUGUUGAUCUACAGAACAACCUUAAGGAAAUUGGCAGCCUGUUUGGAAUCCAGAAGGACAUGAUGCUCAAGGCGAAGAAAAUGGGUUUCUCUGAUAAGCAAAUUGCUCAGUGUGUCGGUUCCACCGAAGAUGAUGUUCGAGCAAGGAGAACGAGCUUCGGUAUCAGACCUUGGGUUAAGAAGAUUGAUACCCUUGCGGCCGAGUUCCCUGCUGAUACAAACUAUCUCUACACCACCUACAAUGCCACAUCGCAUGAUGUUACUUUCGAUGACUAUGGAACCAUAGUCUUGGGAAGUGGUGUUUACCGUAUUGGAAGCUCCGUGGAAUUCGAUUGGUGUGCAGUUAACGCGACUCUUUCCUUGAGGAAAAUGGGCAAGAAGACGGUCAUGAUCAAUUUCAACCCUGAAACUUACUCCACCGAUUUUGACACUGCCGAUAAGCUGUACUUCGAAGAACUGAGCUACGAGCGUGUCAUGGACAUUUACGAACUUGAGAACGCUAGCGGAGUCGUCGUUUCGGUCGGCGGUCAAUUGCCUCAGAAUAUUGCUCUACGACUCCAGGAAACCGGCGGAGCUAAGGUCCUUGGUACUGACCCUAAAGACAUCGACAAGGCUGAGGAUCGUCACAAGUUCUCUCAGAUCCUCGACAGCAUUGGCGUCGACCAGCCAGCAUGGAAAGAGCUGAGCUCGGUUGCUGAAGCAGAAGCCUUCGCUGACUCCGUUGGCUACCCUGUCCUCGUCCGUCCUAGUUAUGUCCUCUCCGGAGCCGCUAUGAGCGUCAUCCGCAGCCAUGAUGAGCUGAAAGACAAGCUCAUCAGUGCCAGUGCCGUCUCUCCAGACCAUCCUGUCGUCAUCACCCAGUUCAUCGAAGGUGCGCAAGAAAUCGACGUUGACGCAGUCGCCUCUGCUGGCAAGCUUAUUGUCCACGCCGUAAGUGAACACGUGGAAGCUGCCGGUGUUCACUCUGGCGAUGCCACUCUGGUCCUCCCCCCCGCAAAUCUCGAACCAGCCAUCAUAGCUCGCGUAAAAGAAAUCGCAGAGAAAGUUGCAAAGGCCUGGAGCAUUUCUGGCCCCUUCAACAUGCAGAUUAUCAAAGCUGAGAAUCCCGAGGGUGGCGAGCCACUCCUCAAGGUUAUUGAAUGCAACCUCCGUGCUUCGCGAUCUUUCCCCUUCGUCAGCAAGGUCCUGGGCACCAACUUCAUCGACGUCGCAACAAAGGCGCUUGUCGGCAGAGACGUCCCCGAACCCACAGACCUCAUGGCUGUCAAGCGUGACUAUCUCGCUACCAAAGUCCCCCAGUUCAGCUGGACCCGUCUAGCUGGUGCUGAUCCAUACCUCGGAGUUGAGAUGGCUAGUACAGGUGAAAUCGCCUGUUUCGGCAAAGAUUUGGUCGAGGCCUACUGGACCUCAUUACAAUCGACAAUGAACUUCCGCACGCCGGAACCAGGCGAGGGCCUCCUGUUGGGUGGUGACUUGGAUAUGACCGAACUGCCUAAGAUCGUUGAUUACUUGAGCCCUCUGGGAUAUAAGCUGUUCGCAGCCAACCAGGGGGUCAAGGCUCACCUAGAAUCUACCACGAAGGGCGACGUUAAAAUCGAAGUCAUUGAGUUCCCCAUAGAAGACAAGCGGGCGCUGCGAGAAGUGUUCGAGAAAUACGAUAUCCGUGGCGUGUUCAACAUCACUAGAAACCGUGGUAAGACUCAGCUUGAUGCGGACUAUAUCAUGCGACGAAAUGCUGUCGAUUUCGGAGUGCCACUUUUCAUGGAGCCAAAGACUGCCCUCCUUUUCGCGCAAUGUAUGAGUGAAAAACUUCCACGAAAGGAAGGUAUCCCAUCUGAAGUCCGAAGCUGGUCCAACUUCGUCGGUGGCAAGCUCAUGUAA